GCCGCGCGUGGCGCUGCCGCCUCCGGGGCAAACGGCGACGGACUACACUUCCCGACACGCCGCGCGAGGCGCUGCCAGCGGCCGGUCGAGGGCGGGCGGACGCGGGAGCUGCGGACGUGAGGCAUGAGCGGCGCCCUCCCCCGGCCCGCGAGCGUCCUGCUGGCUCCCCGAGCGAGGGUCGUGCGGCGCUGGGCCUAGCGGAGGGCAUCGGAGGCCUCGGCGUGUGCACGGGCUGCUGCGGCAGCGCCUGGCGCCGGGGAGGGCGGCGGCCGCCAUGGAGGUGAGCGGGCCGGAAGACGACCCCUUCCUCUCGCAGCUGCACCAGGUGCAGUGCCCCGUGUGCCAGCAGAUGAUGCCCGCUGCACAUAUCAACUCGCACCUGGACCGCUGUCUGCUGCUCCACCCCGCGGGGCACGCGGACCCCGCGGCCGGGUCGCACCGCGCCGGGGAGCGGGCCAAGGGGCCCUCGCCGCCCGGCGCCAAGAGGCGGCGGCUGUCAGAGAGCUCGGCGCUGAAGCAGCCUGCCACCCCGACGGCAGCCGAGAGCAGCGAGGGCGAAGGCGAGGAGGGCGACGACGGCGGCGAGACCGAGAGCCGCGAGAGCUACGACGCGCCGCCCACGCCCAGCGGCGCCCGCCUCAUCCCGGACUUCCCGGUGGCCCGCUCCAGCAGCCCCGGGAGGAAGGGGUCGGGGAAGAGGCCGGCGGCCGCCGCCGCGGCGGGGAGCGCGUCUCCGCGCAGCUGGGACGAGGCGGAGGCGCAGGAGGAGGAGGAGGCGGUGGGCGACGGGGACGCGGACGCGGACGGCGAGGACGACCCGGGGCACUGGGACGCGGACGCUGCCGAAGCCGCCACCGCCUUUGGGGCCAGUGGCGGGGGCCGCCCGCACCCCCGGGCGCUGGCGGCCGAGGAGAUCCGACAGAUGCUACAGGGCAAGCCGCUGGCCGACACGAUGCGUCCCGACACGCUGCAGGACUACUUCGGGCAGAGCAGGGCCGUGGGCCAGGACACCCUGCUGCGCUCGCUCCUGGAGACCAACGAAAUCCCCUCGCUUAUCCUGUGGGGGCCGCCGGGCUGCGGCAAGACCACUCUGGCUCACAUCAUAGCCAACAACAGCAAGAAACAUAGCAUAAGGUUUGUGACAUUAUCUGCAACAAAUGCCAAGACAAAUGAUGUGCGAGAUGUCAUAAAACAAGCUCAAAAUGAAAAGAGUUUUUUCAAAAGGAAAACCGUCCUUUUUAUUGAUGAGAUUCAUCGGUUCAAUAAAUCUCAGCAGGACACUUUCCUUCCUCACGUGGAAUGUGGGACGAUCACUCUGAUUGGGGCAACCACUGAAAACCCUUCCUUCCAGGUCAACGCUGCUCUUCUGAGCCGCUGUCGAGUGAUUGUUCUUGAGAAGCUUCCAGUAGAGGCAAUGGUGACUAUUUUAAUGCGAGCGAUCAACUCCCUGGGAAUCCACGUCCUAGACUCUAGCCGUCCCACUGACCCUCUGAGCCACAGCAGCAACAGCAGCUCAGAGCCGGCCAUGUUCAUAGAGGAUAAAGCAGUAGACACCCUGGCUUACCUCAGUGACGGUGAUGCCCGAGCUGGGUUGAACGGACUGCAGCUGGCGGUGCUGGCUAGGUUAAGCUCUAGGAAGAUGUUCUGUAAGAAGAGUGGGCAAUCCUAUUCUCCCAGCAGAGUUCUGAUCACAGAGAAUGACGUGAAGGAGGGCCUACAGCGAUCCCACAUUUUAUAUGACCGGGCAGGUGAGGAGCAUUACAACUGCAUCUCCGCCCUGCACAAGUCCAUGCGGGGCUCAGACCAGAACGCUUCCCUCUACUGGCUGGCUCGCAUGCUUGAGGGAGGAGAGGACCCACUCUACGUGGCACGGAGGCUUGUCAGGUUUGCCAGCGAGGACAUAGGUCUGGCAGACCCGUCUGCAUUGACACAAGCAGUUGCUGCCUACCAAGGCUGUCACUUCAUAGGCAUGCCCGAAUGUGAGGUGCUUCUGGCCCAGUGUGUGGUCUACUUUGCCAGAGCUCCAAAGUCCAUUGAGGUGUACAGCGCCUACAACAACGUCAAAGCCUGCCUGCGGAACCACCAGGGGCCCCUGCCCCCCGUGCCCCUGCACCUGAGGAACGCGCCCACGAGGCUGAUGAAGGAUUUGGGCUAUGGCAAAGGCUACAAGUACAACCCCAUGUACAGCGAGCCUGUGGAUCAGGAAUACCUGCCUGAAGAGUUGAGGGGAGUCGAUUUCUUCAAGCAGAGGAGGUGCUGACUCCUCAGGCCAUGACAGCAGAAGGAUGUUGCUUUUUUUAAGAGAGGGCCAGAAAGAAAGAAACUGGAUUGCAAAGUUGGUUGCCUGGUGGAAGUUAGAACAGACCAACAUUUCGUGCCAGAAAUUUAAGAGUCUCAUAGGUGGAGGCGCAGUUAUUUCAACUAAAUGUGUAACUUUGAAAUUGUGUUCGUUUGCACUUCGUGCAGCGGUUAUGCUUAUGAAAAUAUCUGGCAGCUUUGUGCAAUGAAUUAAUGUUAUAAGGAAUUAUCUAUUUUGUCAUAGUAUUUAAGUCAUAAUGUCAUUUCAGAAUUCAGUUCUGUAGGAUUUUUUUUUCUUUAAAAAAUGUAUAUUCUGGGUAGUUUUAAUUGGUAAAAAAAAAAAAAUGUAAUUGUGAUUUAAUACUGCAUAGUGUUUUGGGUAUUUUUUUUAUAUGCAAAGGUCUUAUGAGCCAAUAAAACUAUUUCAAAGUA